AUGGCAGAAAGGGAGGAAUCUAUGAAAUACUAUCACUCAAGGGAAUCUGAAAAUGAAGAAUAAAAAAGGCCUAGUUAUGCAAUGAUGACCAUUGUUAAUAAUUAACCGCAUCCAGUAUGUAUUACAAAGCUAUUUUUUAUGCAAAAAACAUAGAUUUCAAUGGAGUCAGCCAACGAAAAUCAAUUGAAAAUUAACAAAAACAUGGCCCCUUGGUAUAUAAGUAAAAAAUAUAAUAAGCUGAUUGAUAAACCAAAUUGUUUACCUAUUAUAAAAAAAGAAUUGAGUCUUGAGGAACUGGAUGAUUAAGAGGGAAAGGUUCGAAAAAUAAAUAGUGGUUCAAGCGUAGCAGAAAUUAAUGAAUAAAAGUCAAAUAGGAGCCAAUCGAGCGCAAGGAGUGCAAAGAGUGCAAGGCAUUCUAGUAAUCAAAUAAUAAAUGGAGAGCCAAAGAAGAAAUAGAUAAGAAGAAUGAAUAGCAAAAUUAAGGCACGAUUGUCAAAAAUGUAAAACCUCAAAUAAAAAUCGGCACUUCAGAAAAUAGUUUCUUAAUUUAUAGAAGGAUGGGCAUUCUCGAUUUUAAUGGCUAUUGUUACUCUUUAUGCACUUUUUGGAGAUGAUAUAAGAAUAUUAUCAGUCAACAAAGAUCAAGAUGAUAUUUUCUUUAUUCUUACAAUUAUAAGCAUGUCUUUUUUUACACUAGAAAUAAUCUUAACCUCUAUUGCAAAUCCAAAUUAUAUCCUAAAUGUAAAUAAUUAAGUUCUAAGACUAGUUUUAUUUUUGUCUUGAUGUAAUUUCGACUGCCACAAUGAUUUUAGAUAUAGGAUGGGUAACGGAUUUAUGGUAUGGAGAUGAAGGAGAUAUUGGAAAUGCUGCAACAAUUAAGGCCUUGGGUAGAGCAUCCAGGGUUGCAAGAAAAGCAGCAAGAGUCAUAAGGAUUAUUCGUUUAGUAAGGCUCGUUAAAUUAUAUAAACAUGCCAGAUAAUAAUAUGAAAAGGAAUAAUAAAGAAAGAUCCUUUAGGAUAUAUUAAAAUAAAAUAGAUUAAUGAGUGAUGAGAAUUAAAAGUAAUAGUAAUAAUAAUAAUAAUAAUAAUAAUAAUAAUAAUAAUAAUAAUAAUAAUAAUAAUAAUAAUAAUAAUAAUAAUAAUAAUAAUAAUAAUAAUAGAUCAAUUCAUAAUCUCAAAAACAAAACUAUAUUGUAAAUAAUCCGUCGUUUCCUUCACCUCUUCCUUCUGGUUAAAAUUAAUUGAAAAAUAAUUAUGAUAAAUAAGAUUAGAUUGAAUUAUAGAACUUAGUAAAAGAGAGUGCUAAGCCGUUUCUCGGAUAAAUUUAAUAGUAAUAAAAUUCUGAAUUAUCUGCUUUACCAGCUCAAUAAGGAUAAUCAUAUGAUCAAAGUGCUUAAGGAAGUAAUAGUGAUUAGUUUAGACAAAGCCAAUAAUCUCUAUAGCAAACUGAAAAUCUUUAAGAAAGCAACGUGGGUUCUCGAUUGUCUGAUUUAGUAAUGAGGAGAGUAAUUACUAUUAUCUUAGCAAUAUUAAUAAGCAUUCCAGUAUUAACUUUAGAUACUUAUUAAGAAACAAUAAACUCUUAUGAUUCUGGUAUAUUUAGAAUAGGGUAAUUUAGAAAUGAAUAAAAAAUUCUUGAUAUCUUAACAAUGUAAUAUGUAAAAUUUCAUCAGGAUGAACUUUUUCCAAUCUUGGCUGUAUUUGUCUUAAGAAAUAAUGUAACUAAUAAUCUUCCAAAAUUAAAUGAAACAAAUUUUUAAAUCUUCAAUUAUUCUAAAAACCCUGAUUGGUUUUAACCAACAAAUUUAAAUAUUGAUUAACACCGAUUUUCUGAUAAAUAAUAUUAUGCUGCAGUAGAUAUAAAUAAUAAAUUAAUAACGUGUUCAGUAGGUGAUUUGAUUGACUAUAAUCAAACCAAUGCUAUUCUGUCAAUAUUUUAGACCUUAUUUGUAUGUAUAGUAUUAGCUUCUAGUGCUAUCUUAUUUAAUAAGAAUGUAAAUGAAUUGGUUAUUGAGCCAAUAGAGAAAAUGAUGGAAAAGAUAGAAUUAAUAGCCCAAAAUCCAUUGGAGGCAGUAAAUAUCGAAGAAUAAGAGGAUUUAGUAAUGGAAUAACUGGAAUAAAACGAAGAUCAUGAGAAGAUAAAGGAGAAGUAUAUAGAAAAACAGAUGGAGACAUAUAUUCUUCAAAGGUUAAUCAUGAAAGUUGGAGCUUUAUUAGCAGUAGGAUUUGGGGAAGCAGGCUCAGAAAUUAUAGCUGAGAAUAUUAAGAAAGGAGGGAGUGUAGAUCCAAUGCUUCCAGGGAAGAAAAUAAUGGCUAUAUUUGGUUUUUGUGAUAUUAGAAAUUUUACUGAUGCAACAGAAGUUUUAUAAGAGGAUGUAAUGGUAUUUGUGAAUGAAAUUGCUGAGAUUGUGCAUUAAACAGUGAAUCAAUAUGGAGGAUCUGCAAAUAAGAAUAUUGGUGAUGCGUUCCUGUUGGUUUGGAAAUACUUACCUAUGGAAUAUCAUCCUAAUCCGCAAAAUCCAUCUAAGUUGAUUGUGAAAACAGAUCAUCAUAUUAAACAAAAAGGAGAUAUGGCAGUUUUGGCUUUCUUAAAGAUAAUCACUUCAAUCUCAAUUUCUAAGAAAUUAGAGAGGUAUAAAAAACACGCUGGGUUGAAUGCAAGAAUGAAAGAUUAUUCUGUGAAAAUGGGAUUUGGAUUGCAUAUGGGAUGGGGCAUUGAAGGGGCAAUAGGUUCAUCUUUCAAAAUCGAUGCUUCUUACUUGAGUCCUAAUGUCAAUAUGGCAUCCAGAUUGGAAGCUGCCACGAAAUAAUUUGGUUCAAUUAUUCUAAUUAGUGGAGUUUUAAAAUAAUAUUUGACUGAGGAAUGUCAGAAAUAAUUAAGAUAAAUUGAUAUUGUAACUGUAAAGGGCAGUGUAGAACCUGUGGAAAUUCACACUGUAGAUAUGUCAAUAAAGAAUCUGAUCCAAAAGACUAAAGAAAUGAAAGACAAAUUUGAUACUAGCAAGAUGAAUUAGAAACAAUAAAAACAGUUUCGAGUUCUUAAUAGAUUCAAAAGGGAAUAAUUGCAAAAAGAUGUCUCAAAAAACAAAGUCAAUGUGGCAGAUCAAUUUCAAACUGAUGAAGAACUCCUUCUAUCCAGAGAACCUUUUACAAAAGUAAUCUAUUUUGAAAUAUAUAUACUUUUAGGAAUUCUAUCAAGCUUGGCAGGAAGGGUUCCAAUUUUAUAUCAAAGGUGCAUGGGAUAAGGCUCAAUUAGUAUUCCAGAAAACUUUGGUAAGCUUUUACAUUAACUUUAAAGAUUAUGAUUCCUGAACACAAGGACGGUCCUUCCAAUACACUUUUAGAUGUGAUACAUUCUAAUGGUGGAAAGGCUCCACAUGAUUGGAAAGGUUACAGAGAACUUACAGAAAAAUGA